AUGGAAAAAUCUUGGAUGCUUGCCGAUAGGAGAAGUAAAGAGUAUGAAGAGGGAGUUGAAGAAUUUCUAAGGAUAGCAUUAGCAAAUGUUAUUGAUCAUGGACGCAUUUGCUAUCCAUGCCAGAAAUCUAGGGAUAUUGAUGAGGACAUAUUUGGGGUAGAAAAGAUGAUAUACGUUCUAAAAGAAGAUGUUAUCAGCUUCAUUCAAAUGAAUGAAAUAGGACAAGCUGUAAUAACCGCUUACAUUAGGUAUUUAAAUAAUUUGGUAAAAGACCAAGAAUGGGAACCAAAGAUUUCAUUUAUGGACCCAAGUCGUACCUUUCAUGAUCCGAAUUCACCGGAUGAGGCAGGGAGGGUUCAAUACAUUGUGAAAGCUUUGAACCAAACUAGUAUUGACAACAUCUUUUUGAUCCCAUACAAUCCUGGGGGUCAUUGGAUCCUUACAAUCAUUGACGAAGAGAGAGACAAUGUGUAUAUCAUGGAUCCUCUUGGGGCUCGUUACCCUCAUGAUAUAUGGAAACGUAUUGGUGCUCCUAAACAAGCUGAUGGAAAGACGUGUGGUUAUUGUGUGAUGCGGUACAUGAAGGAAAUUUGUGAAGAUUCAUCCCUUGCAUUUCGAACUAAGUAUGCGAGUCGUCGGAAAAAGGUGUUUUACACCCAAAUGGAAUUGGACAAGGUUCGAGAUGAAUGGGCACAUCAUGUGCUAGAGUGGAUUUGA